UUAAAGCCUUUUUAAAUACAAAAAAAAAAACACUAAGUGAAAAAAUGUUCUUCAUUAUAUUUCUUGGAUUCGUGCUAGUGUUACUAUACUUAUACAUCACCCAAAAUUUCGAUUAUUGGAAGAAAAGAGGAAUUACUUAUUUGGAGCCAAGUUUCCCAUUUGGAAACAUUUUCCCUUUGGUUGUCUUCAAGAAAUCUUACGCGGAUUUAAUGGCGCAAUUCUACAAUUCCUCCAAAGAAUCCAUCGUCGGCUUUUGGAUCUUCAACAUCCCGUUCUUGUUAAUCAGAAGUCCUGAAAUGAUCAAAAAUAUAUUCGUCAGAGAUUUUGAUCACUUCAACGAACGUGCUUCAUCCAACAACAAACUCGACCCGUACUUCAACAAUACUCUAUUUUCUUUGGAUUUCCACGACUGGAAGAUUCUGCGGACAAAACUCUCACCAUCAUUUACAACUUCGAAAUUGAAGCACGUCAUGCACAUCUUCAAUAAAGCUUCUAACGAAAUGAUCGAAUAUUUGGAUCAAGUUUCUGGAGAUGCUGUGGAUUGUAAGCAGAUUUCCAGUCGAUUAACGGCGAACGCUUUUGCAGGCUGCGGUUUCGGUUAUAACAUAAAUUGUUUUAAUGAUGUUGAUAACGAGUUUUUAGUUUACUCCCAGAAACUUUUAGCACCGACCGUAGCGAAUUUCGUUAGACUUGUGGGUUUUUUCGUUGUGCCUGAAAUUGCGGCUUUCUUUAAAAUCAAUAUGUUCAAGAAGAGCAAUUUGGACUUUUACAGGCAUCACUUUUUUAAGGUUCUGAAGGCGCGCGAAGAGUCUGGCAUGAAGAAUAACGAUUUCAUUGAUUCUUACGUCCAAUUGAAGAAGGAAAGAGAUUUGGGCGAUGGAUUUAUUGUAGAUGAAGAUAGCCUUUCUGCUCAAGCCAUACAAUUCUUCUUAGCUGGCUACGAAACUACAAGCUCUUUGAUCUCAUUCACACUCUACGAAUUAGCCAUGAACGAAGAUAUCCAACAAAACUUAAGGCACGAAAUUGUCGAUGGUUUAGCUGCUGAAGAAGAUGGUAACUUUAGUUACGAGAAGAUCAUGGAUCUAAGUUACUUGAAUAAAGUCAUAUCAGAAUCAUUGAGGAAAUAUCCGACACUUCCUCUCAUAGACAGAAAGUGCGUAAAGGAUUACCAAAUCCCAGGAACCAAAAUUAUUAUUGAGAAAGGCACCAGAAGAUUCUCACCUGAAAACGUAAAAACUCGACCUGCCUACGUUUACAUGCCCUUUGGACAUGGACCUCACAAUUGCAUAGGACAAAGAUUUGGAUUGUUGACCGCAAAAAUUUGCAUCGCUCAAAUCCUAACGAACUUCCAGAUUUUACCCACCGAAAGCACACCGAAACGUAUCGAAAUUGACAGCAAAUUGUUUCUGAUCAAACCUAAGGAUGUCUUCUUAAAAUUUGUAAAAUUGUAAUUAUCCUAGCAGGUUUCUUUCAAAAUA